ACAAACGGGUAGUGUAGUAUGAUUGUUUAGUGGUUAGGGUGUUUGACUCCCAGGCGAAAGGUUCUUGGUUCAAAACCCAAUGUCAACAGUCUACGCGUACCCAUCAUGAUCCGCAAAUUGCUACUUAAUGACUUGUAUCUGAAAAGACAAUGACUGUAAAUUACUUUGGAUUAAAGUUUCCGCUAAAUAAAUGGUAAAUAAAUAAUGAAUGAUGUCUGCAAAAAUGAAUCUCAGGUCAUCUCUGACGUCAUCUGUCACGGCCGCAACGCGAGAAUAACAGACCCCCUCACUGUACUCUCGCGAUAGGAGGAGGACCAGCACGAGAAGAACGGACACAGGCAAGGCACAGCAAUAUUCAUAUUUAGCAACAACAACAAGCAUUAUUAAUUGAUUAUUUGCGUUAACUAUGACGAAGACGGAGAAAAUAGUGUUGCAAUCUCACUGAAACAACAUAUUGGAGUUAGAGGAAAUACGAUACACAGCGGGGUCCCACCACUCGGUCACAAUGGCUGUAUCUCUACUGCGUGUGUGUGGUCAUCUGUAAAGACAGUGUCUGCCUUGUUAUCCCAUCUCACGUAUCUCUCGUCCACUCCCUUACUCCCUUAUAACAGACAACUAUUUAUAUUAAAACUAUACUCCUAUUUUAGAAGAUAAUGUAGCACGGAGCCUUCCCUUGUAGAAACCUGGGCCUCUCCAAACGCCUGUCGUUGGGCUGUGUUGCGGUGCAUUCUAACAAUUCAACUUUAAAUGGAAAUGAAGGCAACACUAAAGAUCACACCCACGUGCAAAUUACUAGACCGAUGUGCAGUGUUUACUCCUGUUCCCCUGGCCCAGCUGUGCAAGCCCUCUGCACUGUCCUCGCCGGUCUGAAGUGAUUGGAUCCUUCCUUGUUCAAUCACAGACCCCGGCCAAUCGGAGCAUGAACGGCUCACUCCUGACCCCGCCCAGCCCUAGGGCAGCCAGCUCCUCCCCCCUGCCUCCUUCCCCAUCCCCUUCCCCUCCCUCCCCCUCUCUCCUCCCCCUCUCCUCCAGACCCCCUCCUCUGCCCCCGCUCAUCAGCCCGCCCCCCCAGGGCCCCACUUCCUCGUUGUCCGACACCCCCACGCCCUCCCCCUCCCCUUGUCUCAGCUGGACCGAGUUCUGCGAGCUUCACGCCCGCGUCGCCGCCGGCGACUUCGCCCGCCACUUUCGGGCGUUCCUCCAGGAGAACCCGCACUACUCCCCCGAUGCGGCCGGGGCCUUCUGCCGCCGCUUCACGGACCGCUUCGUCCGCCACUUCCAGAGCGAGUUGGAGGGGACCGGCCCGCCCAACUGCGUCUCUGGCAGGGAGGACAUGGGGAGCUGGGCUCCCCAGAUAGACCCCCCCUCCCUGGAGGAGGAGGUCGUCUGCCUGCUUCCCCCGCCCGGGGGCCUGCCGCGGCCCGGGGCCCCCGGGGGCCUUCCGCGGCCCGGGGCCAAGCAACCCCCGGCCCGGCUGGUGCUGGAGCACCGCGGAGGCGACCGCUUCCAGGACUCGUACGCCCACACCCAGAUGCUCCCUCCCUCCUCCUCUUCCUCCUGCUCCUCCUCUGUGGGCGGGAACAACGGGCGACGGGAGGAGAGGGGAGGCGUGGCGGCUGGGAGCGAGGAGGCCCCGGUAGAGGAGGAGGAGGAGGAGGAGGAGGAAGAGGAGGACAGCUGGCUGGGCGGGGUGCCCGUCGGCGAGGACGGAGAACAUCCGGAGGAGAGGGAGGCGGAGUCUGCGGAGGACCACGCUGACUCCUCCCUCUCCUCUCAGAACCCUCCCCCCUUCUCCUCGACCACGCCCCCUCCGGGCUCCAAGGGCAACGGCACGCCGAGUGGGUCCAAGGGCAAGCUGAAGAAGCGCUUCUCGCUGCGCAGCGUGGGCCGGAGCGUGCGCGGCAGCGUCCGCGGCAUCCUCCACUGGCGGAGCUCCUCCGGCGACGCCCCCCAGAGCCCCCUCCCCUCCAGCUACAGCUACACCAUGGGGGUCCACGACGCGGCCCCCUCCUCCGCCAAACGGACCUCCGGCACGCAGCCGCCCACCCCGACCUCCUCCAUGCCGGUCUCCCUCUCCCUGCCGCUGUCCCUGCCCCACUCCUCCUCCUCCUCCCUGCCCCCCUCCUCCUCCAGCAGCGCCACCUCCCUCUCCCUCUCCGAGGCGGCCCGCGACCGCCGCCGCAGCAACGGCGAGGGCGGGGAGAAGGAGAAGUGGAGCCACCGGCUGGACAAGCUGAGGCUGUCCCGCUCGCCACCGCCCUCCGUGGGCCUCCCCGGCUCCGCGUCCCUGCCCCCCAGCAGCGCGGGGGCCUCGUCCCUGGGGGCCUCGGCCCUGGGCCCCAGCCGGCGGGCGGGCCGGCUGGUGAGGGAGGGCGGGGUCAGUGUCAGCACCACCAGCGACGAGUUGCUGGGGAGCCACGGCUUCCCGGGCUUCUCCUUCGGCCUGCUGCACCACUCGGCUGCCGUCACCGAUGGCAACGGGGCCUCGGGCCAGGCCGCGCCCGCGCCGGCCCUGACCAGCGGAGGGGGAGUGCCCUGGCGCGGCGGACGCUGGCACAAGUGUCGGCUGGUCCUGAAGGAGAGGGAGAAGGAGGGGGCAGACCGGGGCGAGGAGUACUACCUGGAGUUUUUCAUCCCGCCCAAGGCCUCUAAGCCCAGGGUGACGGUGGCCUGCUGCUCCAUGGUGGACGUGAGGAGCACCACUGCCCUGGAGGUCCCAGACAAGGAGAACACCUUCCUCCUGCAGCUGGAGGGGGCGGUGCAGUAUGUGAUCGAGACGCGGGACGCCGUGCAGAUGAGGGCGUGGCUUAGUGACAUCAGGAACGGCAUCUGUCUAAGUGAGCAGGAUGAGGGAGAGGGCCGGUGCGGGGCCCAUCUGGACAUCAGCGGCACGCCCGAGUUCGGCGACCGCCUGUCUCAAGUGUGUUAUGGAGGGAUCGGAGGCUCCUCCCCUUUAAUGGAGCCCCUCCCGCCUGAGCUGCCUCCCCGAGCUCCCCUCGACGAACCAGACGGCCGCCUCCUCGGAGGGGGCGGGGCUAGCCUUGGAACGCCCUUCGCAGAGACUCCCGACGCCACAGGCUCCUUCCUGUUCUCCGAGGUCACUUCCUCUGAGACGGUGGAGCACCCUUUGAGCGAGUGCCAGUGGUUCCACGGGACCUUGUCGCGUCUGAAGGCGGCCCAGCUGGUGCUGGCCGGGGGUCUGGCCAGCCACGGGGUCUUCCUGGUGCGCCAGAGUGAGACGCGUCGCGGGGAGUACGUCCUCACCUUCAACUUCCAGGGCAAGGCCAAGCACCUGCGUCUAUCCCUGAACGAGGACGGCCAGUGCCGGGUGCAGCACCUGUGGUUUCAGUCCAUCUUCGACAUGCUGGAGCACUUCCGGGUUCACCCCAUCCCCCUGGAGUCCGGGGGGGCCUCCGACGUCACACUCAUCAGCUUUGUAGGAGCUACCGCCGUCAGACAGCCAGACUUGACCAGCAGACCCCGUAGCCCACCCCAGCCCCCCCCUCCCCCCCUGCCCCCCGGUCGGCCCCCGCCCCCCACUCCCCCGCAGGAGCGAGGGAGUGAAGGAGAGCUGGCAGGAGGUGUGGGACCAGGAGGUCCAGCAGCAGCAGCAGGAGGAGGAGGAGGAGCAGCAGCAGCAGCAACAGGAGGUGGAGGAGGUGGAGGAGGAGGAGGAGGAGGAGGAGCCGCAGCAGCAACAGGAGGAGUGAGCGUAGCUCCGGGGCCGGCAGCAGGCGGGGCAGGAGGAGCAGGGAGCAGUGAUGGAGGAGCGGAGGACUGGGAGGAGAGGGAUGCUGCUCUGCUGCAGCUGGAGGGGGGAGGAGGAGGAGGAGGAGGAGGAGGAGGUGGAGGUGGAGGCGAGGGGGAGGAGAGGGAGGCGGCUGCCAGAGCUCCCCGGGCCGUGGAUAACCAGUACUCCUUCUUCUGAAGGGGGAAGGGUAACUGUGAGGGUGGGCGGAGCUAGUGUGGAGGAGGCGUGUUUUGUUUUAGACUGAUGGAGGAGCAGGAGGUACUAACCCUAUUAAACAACCCAUGACUUUAGCACGCUACAGAUAGGGAGAGAGUGGGAGAGUGAGAGAGCGAGCGAGAGGGAGACUAUGACCUAACACUACAUAAUGGUACACUAAUUUAAACCUUUAGUUUAGACUGAUGGGCUUCUUUCCCUUUUUUGUUCAGCUGCUGGUCCUCUCAUAGUGGAAACCUUUAAGAUACCUCAUGUAGCUAGCAGGUACCCUAGCUGCUAACUCUAGCUAGCAGGUACCCUAGCUGCUAACACAAGCUAGCGGCUUACCCGGGAUAGCAGGUACCAUAGCGGCUAACUAGCUAGUUAACAGCAAAACUGUAUGCUAGCAAGCGGCUAAUCAGGCAUUAGCUAGCAUGCUUACCUGAGAGUGGAGCCAGGAAGCAGGCUUUACCUCGGAUACAGAUCACCAUGGCAACUCUCUCUGUCUAUCUCUAGCUCUCUACAUCUCUCUCGGUCUCUCUCUGCAAUCCUAAUUUUACUACACCGGGUCAAACUUGGGAGAGAUUUGCUUUCUUUCAGUGACAAACUGUUAGCCAUGACGAAGAUGGUGGUUAAACAAAUAAUAAUAUUGUUGAAGAUAAUGGUAUUAAUUUUAUUUUUGUUUUUAUGAAACCUUUUUAUUUUGUAUGUAAAUGUAACAUCUAUUCAAACCACACCCUGUUUCAGUUCACACUUCUUUGUGCCUUUUUAAAAAAAGAAAAGAAAAAAACAUUUGUUUCCUGGGGAGAAGAUAGUUGUGUUAUGACAUCGCAUCCUCUUGUUCAGUUAAAAAACACUAGAUCGGAAGAAAAUGGCUAUAAUAAUAUUAAUAAUAAUCACGGAAAAUACUUUUUCUACUCGUGCCUUUCUGUAUCUAUCCCUCUUGCGUCUGUAAAUCUGCUCCUGUCGUUUUGUUUCGCUCCCCAUCUUUCCAGACCAUAACCUGUUGACAUUUCUCUUUGUCUCUCUUACGUUAUUCGGUCUUGUAUUUGUUCCCUAUAUGCACCUUUCUCUCCGUUUCUUCCCGCUCUCUGUGUUUUUGUUCUCAGUUUGAAAACUGUUCGUGCCUUUCUCUGUCUUUUCUCUCCUCGCUGGGACCGUGUGUUGAGGGUGGGGCGAUGUUGUCCCCCUCGUGUGGUUAGUUUCAGGUACUACAUUGAAUUUAAUGAUAACGAUAUAAUAUAAAUAUAGUGAAACA